CAUCGCGAGAGCUGGGACGGCCCCGCCCGGGCCAGCUCCCCCAGCCCCCUGUUCCCCUCCCAGCAGAGCUAAUAUGGUCGCCGGCGAUGGACCCUGUAAAGCCAGGAAGCCCUUACCAGCCUGUAAUUGAAACACUAGGAAACUAUCCUCAAAAGAAGUUCUACAAUGUCUCAAAACUUGGAGGCGCCAAGUAUGAUACUCUGCCUUAUUCCAUACGAGUGCUGUUUGAAUCCAGUGUCCGUAACUGCGAUGGCUUCUUAGUGAAAGAAACAGAUGCUAUGAACAUCUUAGACUGGAAAACGAAACAGAAUAAUGUUGAAGUGCCCUUCUGUCCUGCCAGAGUUGUUCUUCAAGACUUUACUGGAAUUCCAGCAAUGGUGGAUUUUGCUGCUAUGAGGGAAGCUGUGAGAAAUGCUGGAGGAGAUCCUAUGAAAGUCAAUCCUGCCUGCCCAACUGAUCUCAUUGUUGACCAUUCUCUGCAGAUUGAUUACAUCAAAUGUGCAAUACAGAAUGCUCCAAAUCCUGGAGGUGGUGAUUCUCAGAAGCCGAUGGCAAAGCUGUCUCCACUGAGGGCACAGCCUCGGAAGCUGCCUUGCAGGGGCCAGACGGGCUGCAAGGGGCCAUGUGGCACGGGAGAUGCAAGUCGCGGCACAGGGCAGUUUCCAGCGCAGAUCGAGAACACGCCCAUCCUCUGUCCCUUUCACCUGCAGCCCCUGCCUGAGCCUGAGACAGUACUGAAAAAUCAAGAGAUGGAAUUUGGCAGAAAUAGAGAGAGGCUUCAGUUUUUUAAGUGGAGUUCAAAGGUUUUCAAGAAUAUAUCCAUAAUUCCACCAGAGACUGGAAUGGCACACCAAGUUAACUUGGAAUAUUUGUCAAGAGUUGUUUUUGAAGUUAAAGAUAUCCUAUAUCCAGAUAGUGUGGUUGGCACAGAUUCUCAUACAACCAUGGUAAAUGGCUUGGGUAUCUUGGGCUGGGGUGUUGGGGGGAUUGAAACAGAAGCGGUGAUGCUAGGGAUGCCAGUUACUCUCACUUUGCCUGAGGUUGUUGGGUGUGAACUGACAGGCACAGCCAGCUCCCUUGCUACAUCCAUAGAUGUUGUUCUAAGCAUCACAAAGCAACUUAGGCAAGCUGAUGUUGCUGGAAAAUUUGUGGAGUUUUUUGGGACUGGAGUUUCCCAGCUGUCUGUAGCAGACCGAACCACAAUAGCAAAUAUGUGUCCUGAAUAUGGUGCUAUUCUGAGCUUUUUCCCUGUUGAUAAUGUGACGCUGAAGCACUUAAAGCAUACAGGUUUUGACAAGGCCAAGCUUGAGGUCAUGGAAGCAUAUCUUAAAGCUGUGAAGUUAUUUAGGAAUUAUGAGAGUUCUUCCAGAGAUCCUGAGUAUUCCCAGGUAGUACAAAUUAAUUUAAGUUCCAUAAUUCCAUACGUCAGUGGCCCCAAGAGGUCCCAAGAUAGAGUGGCUGUUACUAACAUGAAGAGUGACUUCCAAGCCUGCUUAAAUGAAAAGUUUGGAGUUAAAGGGUUUCAGAUUGCAGCUGAGAAACAGAAUGACUUUGUACCUGUUCAGUAUGAAGGAAAUGAAUACAAGCUGUCUCAUGGGUGUGUCGUCAUUGCUGCAGUAAUCAGCUGCACAAACAAUUGUAACCCGUCCGUCAUGCUUGCUGCAGGACUUCUGGCCAAAAAAGCUGUUGAAGCUGGCCUAGUGGUUAAGUCCUAUAUAAGAACAAGUUUAUCACCAGGCAGUGGAAUGGUUACACAUUACCUCAGUUCCAGUGGAGUAUUGCCAUACCUCAGCAAGCUUGGGUUUGGAGUUGUUGGCUAUGGGUGUUCAACCUGCGUUGGAAACACUGCCCCCUUGCCAGAAGCCAUCAGGAAUGCAAUAAAGCAGGGUGAUAUAAUUGCCUGUGGAGUGUUGUCUGGAACAAAGAACUUUGAAGGACGUCUCUGUGACUGUGUUCGCGCCAACUACCUUGCUUCUCCACCACUAGUGGUGGCUUAUGCCAUUGCUGGCACUGUUAGAAUAGACUUUGAGACAGAGCCUUUGGGCACUGGCUUUGAUGGCAAAAGUAUUUACCUGCGAGAUAUUUGGCCCACUCGAAGUGAACUCCAUGAAGUGGAGGAAGGGUGUGUGAUAUCAUCUAUGUUUAAGGAAUUGAAGGAAAAAAUGGAGAAAGGAAACAAACGAUGGAAUUUACUGGAAGCACCUGAGUCAACUUUAUUUCCCUGGGAUUUAAAAUCUACUUAUAUCAGAUGUCCUUCCUUUUUUGAUAAACUUGCCAAAGAAGCAGUUGCACCACAGCAGAUUCAAAAUGCCCAUGUCCUGCUCUAUUUGGGCGAUUCUGUAACUACAGAUCACAUAUCCCCUGCUGGGAGCAUUGCAAGGAGUAGUGCUGCUGCUAAGUAUCUGACCAGCAAAGGACUCACACCUCGUGAAUUCAACUCUUACGGAGCUCGAAGAGGUAAUGAUGCUGUGAUGACAAGAGGUACCUUUGCAAAUAUCAAGCUUCUGAAUAAAUUCAUAGGAAAGCCAGCUCCUAAAACAAUUCACUUUCCAUCAGGACAAACGCUAGAUGUGUUUGAAGCAGCAGAGUUGUACCAGAAAGAAGGCAUCCCUGUCAUUAUUCUAGCAGGAAAGAAGUAUGGACUGGGUGGCUCAAGAGACUGGACUGCAAAAGGGCCUUAUUUACUGGGUGUUAAAGCUGUCCUAGCAGAAAGCUAUGAAAAGGUUCAUAAAAGUCAAUUGGUUGGAAUUGGCAUAGCUCCACUUCAGUUUCUUCCUGGGGAAAAUCCAAGUACUUUGGGUCUCACUGGCAGAGAGCAGUUUUCUAUAUCGUUCCCUCCAGACCUGAUGCCAGGAAUGACUUUGGAUAUUAAGACAAGCACUGGAAAAGUAUUCAGCGUGAUUGCCUUGUUUGAAAACGAUGUGGAGAUAACAUUAUUCAAAUAUGGUGGAAGUCUAAACUUUGUGGCUCGGAGAUUCUUAUAGUAGCUACUGACUCUAUGGGUACCCUGCAUUAACUGGUCAUUCUGAAAAUGCCUUGUGUGAACCCAGGAAUCUGUACUGUGGAACUGCAAACAGUCCUAGUGUGCUCAAAGUUACUUCGUCCAUGGAUGUAAAAGAUUGUGAAUUAUUGUAACUGCAACAAGAUCCUUCCUUCCUGAUUUUAAAUAAUACUCUAAUGGUGCUAUUAAACAUUGCUAAAAUCAACACGUGUAUUGUGGCAGAGAGCUGUAAGUAUGGAGGGGAUGUUUAUCAGACCAUUUUGUAAAUAAACUAUGCGAAAUCUGAAACUGAUUGUGCUGAAGAUUAUUAUGUAAGAAGAUUUUCUGCAGUUGUUUUCACUCAGUUUUUGCACCUGUCAGUCUGUGUACUACUGUUUGUUGGUUUAAGGGUAGCAGAUGGUAUGGAAUUUUAAAGGCCAAGCUAUUUUUUUUCUGUCUUUUUAUAUGCAUCCAGAUCUUAAAACAGAUACUCAGUUACAAGUGUCUUGCUCUCUAGAUUAUGACCAGGAGAAAAAGCAGUCCACAUAAGGCCCAUGGCAUCCUGUAUCACAGAUCACGACUUUCUUACCAUUAUUAUGGGAUAAUAGUUCAUCUGGAUCCAGAUUUAAAACCACUCACUCUAUGAAAUAGUGUGCUUAGAAGCGUGGGAAACAUGUCUGUGUUUCAAAACGACGCUCACCCUUAUCGUUCAUGCACUUUAAGGGUAGCACCUAAUUUGGCAAGCUGGAGUGUCCUUCAGUUGAAGUUUGUCAUACCUGCUUCCAAGGAAGCAGUAUGUCACAACAUCAGUUUUUACUGUGCUGUCUGCAAUAUCAUUAGACCAAGUACCUCUCCUUAGUAUUGUAACAUUUAAAAAUCUGUAAAAAUAUUUAUAUACUAGGAUUGUUUGAAUUUCUUUGCUUUAAAUGUGACCUAUGGCUAAUAAGUUAUACCCACUUGUCAGAUGUUAGGUAUCUGAGGUGGCCUUACUGCCUUUUAAUGCUGUCUGCUGUGCUGUUAGUUCACAGCUCUUCCAAACAAGCAUCACCUUCCCCUGCUGAAGAUCCCUGGGUACUGAAUAAACCUGGCUCUUGCACCAUUUCAGCUUCUGUACAUAUGUCAGUGCAGUGAUGGUAACAGCCCUGGUCUGUAUUGAACCUUGAACGAAGAGGCAGUUUCUGCAGAAGUGUUGGUUUUACCACUUAACUACUCAGUGACAGCUGCUAACCUCUGCAAGUGAGUCUUUGAGAUGCUGUUUCCGUGCUCCUCUAUCUUGAAAAGCUUGAUGACGCCAUUUAAGGUUUAUGU